AGGUUGGAUUUAAGGACGACGUACGCGGGUAGUUUUCUCGUUUCUCAUUAAAAGUUGUAGGGAAAGAAGAAGAAAUUCGUAUGAGAUUUAAGAAACAAAGUUACAACGAAGAACAGCCUCGGUGGGUAUCGUACAUUCGCAAGUACGGAACUUUCUUCGCUGACGAUCAUCGCAACGCAGCAGAGACAGGAGAGACGAGCGAGAGAACGUGCGAAAAUAGAGUGUAUGGAAGCUGGACGGUUUAUAAUAAAUAAUGGCAACUUUAGCAGAACAAGCAUCUAAGCUUUUGGAUUUCAAUCAGAAGCUGGACAUAACGCUUCUUGAUAACAUAGUAGGUUGUAUGUAUACUGGGAUAGGUGAGCAACAGAGAGUUGCACAGGAAGUAUUAACCACACUUAAAGAACAUCCAAGUGCAUGGACACGUGUAGAUACAAUUCUAGAAUAUUCACAGUACCAACAAACAAAGUAUUAUGCUUUACAAAUAUUGGAACAAGUAAUAAAGACUCGAUGGAAAGUAUUACCACGAAAUCAGUGUGAAGGUAUAAAAAAGUAUAUUGUAGGCCUUAUCAUAAAAACAAGUAGCGAACCAGAAACAAUGGAAGCCUCUAAAGUUUACCUUAAUAAACUUAAUAUGAUUUUAGUUCAGGUCUUAAAAAGAGAAUGGCCAAAAAAUUGGGAGUCCUUUAUUGGUGACAUUGUUGGAGCAAGUAAAACGAACGAAAGUCUUUGUCAAAACAAUAUGACAAUUUUGAAAUUAUUGUCAGAAGAAGUAUUUGACUUUUCUAGUGGACAAAUGACACAAACAAAAGCAAAACACUUAAAGGAUACAAUGUGUAGUGAAUUCUCACAAAUCUUUGAACUUUGUCAAUUUGUAUUGGAUAAUUCACAAAAUGUUCCACUCGUAGCAGUUACGUUAGAAACUCUUUUAAGGUUUUUAAAUUGGAUUCCCCUUGGGUAUAUUUUUGAAACAAAAUUGAUAAGUACUUUAGUAUUCAAGUUCUUGAAUGUACCAAUAUUCAGAAAUGUCACAUUAAAAUGCUUGACCGAAAUCGCCGCUGUCAAAGUAACAUCAUACAAUGACGCGUUUGUAAUGUUAUUUAUUAGUGUAAUGCGCCAGUUGGAACAAAUUCUGCCGCUUGACACUAAUAUACGUGAAGCAUACGCAGUCGGUCAAGAUCAAGAACAAAACUUCAUUCAAAAUUUAGCUAUAUUUCUUUGCACAUAUUUAAAGGAACAUGGUCAAUUUAUAGAGAAGAAACAGUUAAAUGAUAUGCUACUCAAAGCAUUACACUAUCUCGUCUUGAUUUCCGAAGUCGAAGAAGUUGAAAUCUUCAAAAUCUGUUUGGAAUAUUGGAGCGCAUUAGCAAUUGAUUUAUAUCAAGAAAAUCCAUUUGUAAAUCAAUCACUGUUUAUGGCUAAAAAUGUGGCAAUUCCGCUUAGAAAAUUAUUCUACUGUCCAGUUCUGACAAAAGUGCGAUACAUUAUGAUCAGUAGAAUGGCUAAACCAGAAGAAGUUCUUGUUGUAGAAAAUGAAAAUGGGGAAGUUGUCAGAGAAUUUAUGAAGGAUACUGAUUCUAUUAAUUUAUACAAAAAUAUGAGAGAAACUCUUGUGUAUCUUACUCACCUUGACUAUGUAGAUACUGAAAGAAUAAUGACAGAGAAACUACAAAAUCAAGUAAAUGGUACAGAAUGGUCUUGGAAGAAUCUUAAUGCUUUAUGCUGGGCAAUAGGUAGUAUUUCUGGUGCAAUGCACGAGGAAGAUGAAAAGCGAUUUUUAGUAACUGUGAUCAAAGAUCUUCUUGGCCUUUGUGAACAAAAAAAGGGUAAAGAUAAUAAAGCCAUCAUUGCUAGUAAUAUUAUGUAUGUCGUCGGGCAAUAUCCAAGAUUUCUCAGAGCACAUUGGAAGUUUUUAAAGACUGUUGUAAAUAAACUGUUUGAAUUUAUGCAUGAAACCCAUGAUGGUGUGCAAGAUAUGGCCUGUGACACGUUUAUAAAAAUAGCAAUAAAAUGUAGGCGACAUUUCGUUACAGUACAAUUAGGGGAACCAGUACCAUUUAUUGAAGAAAUUCUUUCUACUAUUAGUAGUAUCAUCUGUGACCUUCAAACACAGCAGGUUCAUACAUUUUACGAAGCAGUUGGUUACAUGAUAAGUGCACAGACAGACACAGUAGUUCAGGAACAAUUGAUAGAGAAUUAUAUGCUUCUACCAAAUCAAGUUUGGGAUGAUAUCAUAAGUCAAGCAUCUAAAAAUGUAGAUGUGUUGAAAGACCAAGAAGCUGUAAAACAACUAGCUAGCAUUUUAAAAACAAAUGUUAGAGCUUGUAAAGCUCUUGGACAUCCAUACGUAAUACAAUUAGGGCGAAUAUAUUUAGAUAUGUUGAACGUUUAUAAGGUUAUGAGUGAAAAUAUAAGUGCUGCAAUAGCUUUGAAUGGUGAAAUGGUAAUGGAACAGUCUUUAAUUAAGAGUAUGAGAGUAGUAAAAAAAGAAACAUUAAAGUUGAUCUCAGAUUGGGUUAGCAGAACAACUGACCAUCAAAUGGUUUUAGAAAACUUCAUACCACCAUUAUUGGAUGCUGUGUUGUUGGAUUAUCAAAAAACGAAUGUUCAUUGUGCUCGAGAACCAGAAGUACUGAGUGCUAUGGCCACUAUCGUAAACAGAUUAGAAGGUCACAUUACGAGUGAAGUGCCGAAAAUAUUUGAUGCUGUGUUUGAAUGUACUCUAGAAAUGAUUAACAAAGAUUUUGAAGAAUUUCCGGAACAUAGAACAAAUUUCUUUUUACUCCUACAGGCCGUGAAUGUUUACUGUUUUCCUGCAUUUCUCUCAAUUCCACCAGCACAAUUUAAACUUGUUCUUGACUCAAUAAUUUGGGCUUUCAAACAUACAAUGAGAAAUGUUGCAGAUACAGGGUUACAAAUACUUUAUCAACUUUUGCAAAAUAUUGAACAUGAGCUAGCUGCUCAGAGUUUCUAUCAAACAUAUUUCACAGAUAUUCUUCAACACAUAUUCAGCGUAGUAACAGACACGUCUCAUAUAGCGGGUCUUACCAUGCAUGCUACUAUUUUGGCAUACAUGUUUUCAUUGGUUGAACUCGGACGAAUUCAGGUACCAUUAGGACCUGUACCGGAUAAUACAUUAUAUGUUCAAGAAUUUGUUGCAAGAUUGCUAAAAGCCGCGUUCCCACAUUUGACUGAUAAUCAGAUUAAAAUUACUGUACAAGGUUUAUUCAAUCUUGAUCAAGACAUCCCUGCAUUCAAGGAACAUCUUAGAGAUUUUCUUGUUCAAAUUAGAGAAUACACAGGCGAAGAUGAUUCUGAUCUCUAUUUAGAAGAACGAGAAAAUGCUUUGCAGUUAGCUCAAGAAGAGAAAAGGCGACAACAAAUGGCAGUUCCAGGAAUACUUAAUCCUCAUGAAAUACCAGAAGAGAUGCAGGAUUGAAUCACCAGUCGAUCUCGUUACUUGCUUCCUGCACAUCUCAAUGAGAAACAUUGUUACAGAGACUAUUGUAUCCUUUAAUCUGCAACUUUUCCCACAAUGUGUACCACCAUUACCAUCGAAAUGGAUAUGCAUCAUUAUAUACUUUUUAAAACCAAGUUUAAAAUAUAACAUUCUUGUUAAGGAGGUAAGCCCGAAACGUGGUAAUUGUUUGUCUGUUAUGCAAUUUUAAUAGAAUUGAAACUUCUGUUGUAAGUAACAUGUGAAUGUGUGCUAAACAAUACUAUUUAAUGUAAUAAAAAAAGUUAGCAUUUGUAUACUGGUAUUGAUACUAGUAAAUAAUAUUUUCUACAAA